AAAGUGGAAUAUCUUCUCGGUUCUCGGACACAGUCGGACACACCUCGGAAACCGAGUAACAGUCACCAAACCUGACACAUUCAGACAGCCUGACGCCUGCCAACUUGGCAAAUGCGUCCGCUUCUAGUAUGCACUCUUUCAUGACGACUACUUGAAGACGUGUUACUGCACCAGGAUCAUUCUCCAGUGUUGUCGUUGGUGACCAAAUGUCGUCCACGCGCGUAGUAUCGAGUCGCUGGGGACCCGUGCGCUCUCUAUUAGUCCUUGCGCCGCUUUUUGUUUUGGGUCCUUUCCUCGCGUAUAAGUCACAAUAUGCGUUGCCCGAACCGGUCAUCGAUCUAGUCAACAAUGACACGUCUCUGCCUCAGAUAUCUGAAGCCCAGAUACUCUCUCAUGCAAAAUAUCUCUCCGAGGACAUUGGUUAUCGCACUGUCGGGACCCUCGAACAUGCAUUAGGUGACUUGUGGGUACACAUGCACGCGUUGGAACUACAGAGUAAGUGUGAGGAGGUCGUGAAGGCUUCGCCAGGGCGCAAGCUCGAAUGUGAGGUCUGGAGACAAGUCGGAGACGGAAAUCAUCGGUUUGAUAUCAUGGGCAAACGUUUGUACAAGACUUAUAAGGGCCUCACGAACAUUAUCGUACGCAUUUCUGAUGGCACACCUGAGGGGAAGGAGAACGCGGUCCUCGUCAACUCUCAUGUGGACAGUACCCUUCCCUCACCGGGAGCUGCUGAUGACGCGCUGUCGGUCGGUGUCAUGCUUGAAUGCAUUCGGGUUCUUGUUCAUACGCCAGACUGGGAACCUACACAUGCUAUCAUCUUCUUAUUCAACAACGCCGAAGAAUCUCUCCAGGAUGGAUCCCACUUGUAUUCAACGCAGCAUCCCACAGCGAAAACCGUCCGUGCAGCCAUAAAUUUAGAAGCUGCUGGUACCACGGGCCCUGAGUUGCUCUUCCAAGCGACUUCAGAACAGAUGAUUCAGGCGUAUUCCAAGGUUCCCCGGCCUUUUGGAACCGUCGUUGCCAACGAAAUAUUCAGUUCCGGCAUCAUGAUGUCAGACACGGACUUUAGGCAAUUUGAGUUGUAUCUCAAUGUCACUGGUUUGGAUAUGGCAGUGGUAGGGAAUUCCUACUUGUAUCACACUCGUCUGGACCUCGUGGAAAACAUCGAGCCGGGUGUCGCACAGCAUAUGGCCGAUAAUACACUUGCACUCUUAUUAUACCUCUCAUCGGCCGAAUCUCCCUUACCCUCCCUUACAGAGGGUUACAGCAAGCCUGCAACUGUAUUCUUCCACGCACUGUCCCACUUCUGGGUUUACUCCUUCCAGACAGCCAAGGUCUUAUAUGGAGCAUCGUUGGUAUUCACCAUCAUAGUUGUGAGGGCAACCUUCGUCCCUCCUGCUCCUGCGUUGCGCCAAGGUCGUGGCAUAAUUUCGGAAAACCUUCGCGGCGUCUUUGCACUCUCUGUGGGCAUUCUUGGAGCACUAAUCGGCGCGAAUGUGGUUGCUUUCGUUAUGAGAUCUGUAUUGAACAAGGGCAUGAGCUGGUUCUCUGUAGAGUUCUCAUGUCUGGCACUGUUUGGACCCGCAGCACUAGGAGGCGCUCUUGCCUCUCAGCUUCUAGUAGGCAACGUUCGGGAGCAAACGAUCUUCUCCUCUCUUACUAUACUACACGCAUUCCUUGCCAGUGGUCUCCAGCUCAUCAAUGUCGGUUCCUCAGUGGUGUUCUUCUUAUCUGGCCUUCCUCUGACUCUGGCAUUGCUCCUGAACUCUUUUGUUUCGAAACCGGGGGAUGAUAUGUCAUUACUGAGCUAUGCCCUUGGGCAACUCGUUCCUCUUACGACAGGAGCGCAAAUAGUCUACCAGGUCUUGGACGUUUUUGUUCCACUAACUGGUCGUAUGGGUGAACAGGCACCAGGGGACCAUAUCGUUGCUACUAUUGUCGCCAUCACUGGUGCAUAUGCUCUGCCCCUGGUUAUUCCCUUCGCACAUCGUAUCCCUCGUCGCGUUCUUGCCCGGGCGGUCUUGUUCCCCACUAUGGUCACGGCGGUGGCUAUGGCCAUAUUCGCCAUGCGUGAGCCAUUCGAUCGCAUGCAUCCCAAGCGUUUCUUCGUAAUGUACAUGGAGAAUGUUACCAGUCAGGAGCAACAUUUGCACUUCGCUGCUGCGGAUGGUGCACCUGCGUUCAACCUUCUUGCACAUGAAAUUGCUCAAAAGUUCGGUUUGCCUGAUACACCCGCUCCAAAGUCUAUCGCCAUGGAUGAUUGGAAUGGCGAUUGGGAUAUCGUGUAUCCAUUUUCGGCGUUCCUCACUCCGUACAAGUUGGAUCUUCCUGUCAAUCCAGAGUUUGCAGGCAUUGCGGAAUACGACUUCGGUGUAUCAGCCGUCAAUGACACUAUCGAUACAGUAGCGGGCACAAGGACGUUCACACUUGUUGUGAGGCAUGUAGAUAUCAUCUGGACAGCUGUUGCGUUCGAUGCACAUGUUCUCGAGUGGUCCCUCGACCUAAACCCGCCUGAUGAAUAUGCACGUCAUCAUAUCAAAGAAGGCUCGUUCUAUGGUCACGACGUUUGGACUGCCGACUUCAAAGUCAAAAUCCCCGACGGUUCUGACGGCAAAAUCAAGUUCAAUUAUGCUGGCAUCAAUGAAAAGGCGAUGUGGCCUGGAAAGAAAGUGACGAAGUUUGAAGGAGGGCGAGCAAUGAGACUGUUCGAGGAGAUAGAUGAUUGGUUAGAGACUGAAAAAGGUGGUAUCUAUGAUGCUACUCUUAUGGGAUGCGUUGGAGGCGUGGCCUUGGUUUAGAUAGAUUGACUCCAUGCGUUCCUUUAUAUGAUAUGUGCUAUCAUCUACUUAGACUUGCAUUGCUCACGAUUUAAUAUACGCUUUUUUGCAUCCGGACUGGAACC